UCAGAGUAGGAGGAGGAGGAGGUGACAGUGCCAUUUGCCUGGAGGGUGCCCAUAAACCCAGAGAGGGAGAGAGAGUGCACCAUUCCUCACAGGUGACUGUACCAUGUGACUUCAACAGCUUUAAAAAGCAGGCCAACCUGUCUUGUUCAGGUACAAGUAAUCACAAGGCACCAGAGGAGUAAGAGGAGGAGAAUACCUGGGCUGUCGGCACAGCAGUAAAUACCGACAGCCCCACAAAACAAGCCGAGGAGCACUCAGGGAGCGUGUUCAGUAGCGGCAGCAGCCUGCAAACACAGCGAUCGGCUCAGACAAAAUUUGAAAGACUCUUCGGCACAACUACAAAACAAGUACGUACAUUUUACUCAGAGUUGUCUUGGCUCUUGACACAAUGAGCUGCAGCAGUGUCACGGGAUCAGAGUUCUCUGAGGAAGAGCUGGAGCUCGGUGUGCUGGAUCACGGGGAGGACGAGGGAAGUCCCAAGGCAUCUUUCCAAGACAGCGAGAGCUCAACCAGCAGCCCGAGUGACCCGGAGGAAGGCCAGACCAAGAAGCGCAAUCGACCCGUCCGCUCAAAAGCUCGAAGAAUGGCCGCCAACGUCCGCGAGCGGAAGCGCAUCAUGGACUACAACCAGGCGUUCAACGCCCUGCGUGUUGCUCUGAACCACGACCUAAGUGGCAAACGACUCUCCAAGAUAGCCACGCUGCAGAGAGCCAUCAACCGCAUCUCUGCUCUCUCAGUAUUCCUGAACUCCAACCCGCCCAGCAAGCCCUGCGCCCACCGGGAGUGCAACAGGUCGUCUAUGGGGUCAGUCGCGAUGGCAACGUCUCGACUCGAGCAGACCAGGGUAACGGUUCCUCGUCUGGAGCACCAGAGUUACAUCCCCUGGCAUGCGUCCAUCUCUCACCAGAUGCAGCCACAGCAAGGGCCUCAUGUGCACAGGCUGCCCACGGAGCCACACGUCUACAUGGAUAACACUGUGACAUCUUGUCCUCCAUCACCUCACUACCCGUGUUAUCCCACUGAGGGACAGCUUUACGCCUCGCAUGGACACUGCAGCAGCCCUCACGAGCAUUCACCCAGUCCUCUACGGUACCCUCAGGUGGGUGAGGGGUUGGGGUGCCAACCGGGAGUGUGGGCCUCCUGCACUCAGAGAUACGUGGACACUUUUGUGGAGCCUUCUCCAGCUCUGGGGCUCCCGUGGCAGGUGAGCUACCUGCAGGAGCCGGAGCACAACCUCCCUCUAUGCUCUGACGUACUGUAAACAGGGUGCAUCCACCACUGUGAGCCCUGAAGACUGCUGAUAACACCAGUGGACCGCUGAAUGACCUCAGGGAGAAAACCGUUUUUGUGUUUCUGUCGCUGCAAUCAACUCAGUAUUACAGUCAGACUUACUUUAUAGUAAUCUAUGAAAACGUGCAAUGGCAAAUGAGACAACAGAAUGUUGUAUAUACUGAAAUAUGCAUUUUGAUCUCACAUUUCAAAAGAAUGUUUCACUGCCUGCUGUAGAUAACUCGCCCACAGAACUGUGUCGUCAUCUUUUGGUCUUCUGCAAAAGCUGAAUUGUUGGAGAUGAUGUUGCGUUAUUAAAUGUGUGAUAUUAAAAGGAAACACAAACACUUACAGCCGAGUGAGGCGAAGAAGCAUUUAGUAAACUAACCGAGAAAGAUGGGACAGCUUACACGUGUGCUAUACUGUUAUGUAACUUACUCUAUGUUCUUUUUCAAGCAGUGGGCUUUUUCCAUCUAAAGGAAAUGUGACUAAAAUUUGACCCAUGAACAUUUGUUCAUGUAUUUAUUUUCUGUA